AAUUUUUAGAUAACCUAACCCAAGCCCUUUCAUAUAUUUUUUUUACUUCAUAAAAGUUUGUAGGAAUUUUUUCCUGAUCUUCAACACUUAACAACCUCCUACAUCCUUUGAGAAUGACACUAAAUCCAUUAGCAAUUAUAUUAUUUGCAGCCUUUGUAUGCAACAUAUAAAAGAGUUAGCUAAGUAUUGUCUCAUUUCUUUCAGAACUACCAAGUGGAAUUGUAGAUGCGUGAAGCAAGUCAUAAAAUGCCUUUGCUUGAUUGUUUGGUUCCUCGUCUAGAUGUUGAUUGGGGGAAUUACCUUCCCUUCCCCGAUUAUCAUCAUCCUUUGGACAAAAUGCAUCAUACACCAUUUCACGAAGUCAUUCCUUUCAUCAUGGUGUGUAUCUUGGCUGUGUGAUGAGUCUUCUAGAUUAGUAGCAAACCAUGGAUCUGCUAAAUUCUCAAAUGUCUCACCAUGUGCCCACUAAACAGAAUAAGCAUUCAUAAAACCAUACUUAAAAUGGGGAGGAAUUCCGGUAGCAUUUAGUAGCAUUUUAAAUGUGUUUUAAGCUUGAUUAAGUAGAAUUGAGCUUGAAUUAGCUGCUGUGAUGUUUUGUGUGAAAAUUCCGUGUGUGUGAAUUGUGAUUUGCCAAAGUUAUGCUCUCCCUGUGAUGCCGUGAGAAAUGGGAAAAUUUUGGUAGAUUAAGUUAUGUUUUUAAGCUUGGUUUAAGUGUAAAUUAGCUUGAAUUGGGUUGUUGUGAUUUUGGAGUGAAAUCCCGUGAAUUAGCUAGUGUUUUGGCCAAAUUGUGGAAGUCGGAGUUACUGUUCACGUCGUGAGCACUGUUCACGGGUACUGUUCAUAGGCACUGUUCAUACCCCGAGAGUCAACAAUUAACGGGGAUUUAAAUGAUUAGUUUGUUAUAUAAGAAUGAAUUUGGAGAUAUUUGAUCAUGUGGAAAUUUAUGGAAAUAGCUUUGUGAUUAGGAAUGAUCCUAAUGAUGAUUUCAAUGUGAAUUUGUGAUAGUGGUAUUAAUUCUUGGAAUAUUUUGAUUAGGUUCUUGAUCGUUCUGUCAGUUUAGUACGUGAAUUGAGUGCUCGGUUUUGCGGAGUGAGGUAGUGUGCCCCGAGACUCGGAAAUCAAGGGGAGUGACGUGAUAAAAGGCUAGCCACUUGAGAUUUGACAUAGAUUUUAGAUACAUGUACACCACGCUCUUGUAAGUUAGAUUUUAAUUGGAAAUUUUAUGGUAUCAAAACUGAUUUUGUUCAAUAAGUUCCGAGCCUUGUGCAUUUGUGGGACCCGUUUCACGAGUGCACGGCGUCUGUCGCGCCUCAUAUUCGGGUUCUGGGGCGUGACAUAUGUUGUCGAUGAAAUUGAACCCCCGUGUCCUGCUCUUCUUCUUCCUUCCGACCCCCUGCAACCCGAAAAGCCCCCCAAGUUGCUGACCGCCCUCUCUUGAGGAAAAUUGGCAAAAGCUUAAAUUUUUCCCUUGCUUUCUUGUCCAAGAACAAGAAUUAGGACCUAGAAGCCUCCUGAAGCAAGAAAAUUCCCAAAUCUAGCUGCCUUCCUCCUCCCCUGCCGUCGGUUUCAGCUUGGUGUGGGUGUGAAUUUCUCGGUUUUUGGGUAAGCAACAACCAUGGAAUUCAUCUUUUCUCUCUUAAUUUGGCUUGGGUUCACUCUAAUUGCUCUUAUUUCUUUCCAAUUUGGUGUUAGUUCUUCUCCAAUUCCCGCCAGGCUUGGUUUGGCUUGCCAAAGUUCUCUGGUAUGAAACAGCUUUUAAAGCUGAAUUUUAAGCCAUUUAAUUGUUGACAUGCUGAGUUUUAAUGGUUGAAUUGCUGCCCUAUUGUUGUUCGAAUUUUCUGCUGGGAAUAGGAAGGGAUUCGGAAAAUGGGACCAUGAUUUUGCUUAAUUCAUGUAGGAGUUAGUUUAAGUAGGCUGUUGUGAUGUUCUGGAGAGAAAAUCCCGUGUGUGUGAGUUGUGGUUUGCCAAAGCCAUGCUCUCCAUGUGCUGCCCAGCAUGCCUAUUUGGAAUUGACUGAAUUGCCUUGAUGAAUUGAGAAUUUUGUAAAUUCUGAGUUUUUCUGUUAAAUCCAUGCUCACAUGGAAAUUUUUCGAUUUAUUUCUGAAAUUUGAGAUUGAUUGUGAAUUACAGAUUUUUCUGUAAAUUCUGCAUGGUUUUGUCUCUGAUAUAGUAAUGAUUACUGAUGCCCGCCAAUAGGAGUUUGUAAACGCUGGCACAUGUCGACAUGUUUACUGAUAUGAUCGGUUCAUUCUGUAAUCUUGCCAAUGGGAUGAUACAUUGGUAAUUAUUGACUCCUGCCAAUGGGCGAAUACAUUGGUAAUUACUGACGCCUGUCAAUGGGAGUUUGUUAAACACUGGUCAUGACUUAUAGAUGAGACUACUAUUGAAUUUUCUUCUGCAUUAACGGUUUGUCAUUGAACGCUUUGCUAUUGAACUGAAUCUGAUUCUACAUUAACGGCAUGCAAAAAUUUUACCUAAGGGCUAUCCAUAUUUAUUUACUGAGUUAUCUUAUAGUUUUUCCUUGUCCACCAUUUUAGAAAGCGAAGUCAAGGACAGGGAAAAACGAGGGGAGUGACAAGUUAGAAAGCUAGCCAUCUUGUAAACUGAACAUGGAUUUUAGAUAUAAAUCAUGAUCUUGUAAGCUAGACCUUAUUUGGAGAUUUUAUGAUAUCAAGGCAAAUUUUAAAAUUUUAUCUUCAGAUUUUGUGGUAUUAGUUGUGGUAUGAUAAGUUUCGAGCCUUGUGCAUUCGUGAGACUUUCUGAUAAGUGUACGACAUCUGCCACGUCCUUGGAUUUGGG